AUGGAGUCCUUCUUUCCCGAUAAAGGUGAAAUAAUACGCGAGUUACUGAAGGAUCCUUUAAUAAUUAAAGAUGACAGCAAAAGGAUCAAUGGCAGUGAAUUGCAGCUUGAUUCUAGCGACUUAUUACAACGCGAGGCCCUUCUAGCUAAUGAACUGAAUAUUUUAGAUAAUUUGAAAACGCUCUCAAAUCUCAUAAAAGAAGUCAAAGCUAAUUUGCAUCUACUAGAGCUAGAAAACUGCUACUAUUCGUUACAAUCUUUGCGAAAAAAGAUGCGUAAUAAUGCAGCUUUUCUUAAGCAAAGCUUUAACUUCCAGCAAUCAAUUUCUAUCUAUGUUGAUACAUUACACUUAGAACUUGUUACUGCGUUGUAUAAAAUUCUUACCAAUGGGUUUUGGAAGAUUACCGAGAAUUCCAUCCAAUUUACAUCCACAUUGGAAUGGGGUAAAGACAAUGUUCAUAUUGAGUAUGACACGUUUAUGGAUUUUGUGGCCCAACAGUAUUUUCCACAGGGUAGUUUGGACAAUCAAGCUUGGUUCAUUUUAGAUAUGGCCAAUGCUAACUCUCAAGAGCAGGUAAGAGCAAAAUUGAAUACCAUUAUAAAGGAUUAUAUGAAUCUUUCCAGCAUUGUAGGCAUGAUUAAAAGUUCUAUAUUUAUAUCUGGAAGAGAAAUUUCAUAUGAAAACGAAACCGACAUGCUCAUGUUUUCCAAAUCUUCGCAUGGCCAAAAUAGUGUAUCUACUGCAUUAACAAGUUUUGAAGCAGUAUGCGAUUUCAUAUUGGACAAAUUGGUCUUUAGAGAUAGGAAAACUCUAAGUUAUGAGCUAGGACCCUUGUUCAAUACAGAGUUUACCAAAUUUGUGAAAAAUAAUGCAUCGAUAAUUUUAGAAUCACUAGAUUCUCCGCUAAAAAAUCUGGUUUCUGUCAUAAAUAACAAACUAACUAGAUUAGCCUCAGAAUCAGAAGUCGCUAAUUGGUCGUAUUCUGGGAAAGAGAUUCAAGAUUUGUUAAUGAACAAACAAUUAUACUAUAAUUUAUUACUGGAUAAAGUCCUUGAGUCACAUAUUAGUGAGAUAAGAGAUAUAUUCGAGGAUCCCAAAAAGAGCUGGCAAAAUUUAGACGUAGUUGAGCUCGUACGUGUUUCUGGCAAUAUAGAUGCGAUGAACGAGAAAAUUGGAAAAAAUGACACGAAUGUACAGAAUGAAAAGGAACAUCAGACUGCCGCAUCCAAAGAUGAUGAUUGGAAUUGGGAAGUAGAUGAUGAUGCCGAUGCAUGGGGUGAUGAAAUUGACGUAAAUAUUGACGAUGAGGAAGAAAAAACAACACAAGAGGUGGAAAAAGAACCGGAAGAAGAAGAAAAUGCCUGGGAUGAAGCCUGGGCAAUUGAAGAAAAUAUAGAUGAUGCUUCCCUAGAAAAUGGGAAGAAACCAUUCAAAGUUCAUGAUGUAGGAUUACUCAAUAAAGACCACAUUGACGUCACGCAGUUGCCAAAACUAUUCUUGGCAAUUUCACAAAAUUUCAAGAGCGCCUUCACAGAUAGUCAUGUUGAUGAGCAAUACUUCGCGUACAAAUACAACCUUUUGCAGACAUCGUAUGUGGCUAUGUGCACAACCAAUUUCUCUCACAACUGGUGCCAAUUAUAUGUGGAUAUGAGAUAUCUAAUAGAACGGGAUGAAAACCUAUAUAGAAUAAAGGAAUUAACAAGGAACGUGUUGGAAACUAGACUAAAUAUGAAAUAUCGUAUUGUCUGCAAACUAAUCAAGCACCAGUUGACCGAAUUUCGCGAGAACGAAAGAAAUCCAUCGUGGGAUGCUACCAUCGAAAAGCUGCUACCUUAUAUCUCAAAGGAAAUAGUUCGUCCACUGGAGAAAAUAAGAGGUGAAGAAGGCUCCCGUUACUUGUUGUCUUUUUUAAACUUUUUGUACAAUGAUUGCGUGACAAAUGAAAUCUUGAAAUGGCAGAUCAUCUCUGAGGUCAAUUCGGAAAAUUUGGGUGAGCUUGUGUCUUUAUUGGUAAACAACACCGAUAUACAAUUAUUAACGAAGGAACCCAGUUACAAAAAGAUGAGAGAAAAAUUUGCCAUUAUGGGCAAGUUUCUACCCUUACAUUUAAAAGAAAUUAUGGAGAUGUUUUACAAUGGCGAUUUUUAUCUUUUUGGGACAGACGAACUGAUUCAAUGGAUAGAAUUAUUAUUUGCCGACACACCCCUACGAAGGAAUGCUAUUGAUGACAUCUACGAGAUCAGAGGUGCUGCCCUAGAUGAUUAA